AAGGUUUAAUGUGGAUGAAAGUUUAGAAAAACAUAUUCAAGAAUUUCAUUCAAAUCCUCAAGAAGACUCGGAAGUUAUCUAUGGAUUUCAGAAAUUAAAUUUAGAUGAUGAUCCACGGGAGGUUAAUCAUGAAGAAAAUAUCAAUACAACUAUUACAAACGCGGAUGAUGAAUUUUUCUUGCAUGAAACACUUCAAGAUAAUUCUGGUACAAUCAUAAAAUGUAAAGAAUGUAAGGAAACAUUCGAAUGUCUUACAAUGUUUAGAUAUCAUGCUAGAUCAGAACAUAACUAUGAAUGGUUAUGUUUGGUUUGUUGUCUAGUAUUUUCAUCUGGAAGUAAUCGUGGAAAACAUAUGAGAAAAUAUCAUAAAAAGAAUUUUUCUUGUACUUUAUGUAUAAGGAAAUUUUAUGAUAAAGCUGGAUUAAUAGAACAUCUUCAUUCCAAGCAUCGUAGUGAAAUACCUACACCUAUACCAACAACUGCAUCUGUUCCAUCACCUCCAUCACCUCCAUCACCUCCAUCACUACCAUCACCUCCAUCACUACCAUCACCUCCAUCACUACCAUCACCACCAUCACCAGAAUUACAAGAAGAAACCUUUAUUCAUGAAAUUAUACCUUAUGAAUCACCAUCAAACAAAAAACUUCCUUAUCAACUGAAAUGCAAAAUUUGUGAAGAAAUAUUUAAAAAUCAUUCAUUAUUUAAUCGACAUGCUAAAGCAAUUCAUAAUUGUAAGUUUUUGUGUACUUUUUGUUCUCAAUCAUUUUCUCAAAAAAGGUCUAAGAGGGAACAUAUGAGACUGGUACAUGUUUAUACUUGUCAAAUUUGUGAAAAGAAUUUACGUAGUGAAAAUGGUUUAAGGAAACAUCUUGAAACCCAACAUGAACCAAUUGCCGCGCGUUUGAGAUCGAGCAAAAGGAAUAAUAUCUCACCUAAAGAUGAAAAUAAUGAAAUAGAUGAAAAUAAUGAAAUGGAUGAAAAUAAUGAAAUGGAUGAAAAUAAUGAAAUGGAUAAAACAGACGAGGAUAGAGAUUCAUUUUUUAACAAUUAUGAUAUCAAAGAGGGAUCACCAAGAGAACAUUAUCGUGAAACUUUACCACAAACAUCUAUUCCAUCACAAACUUCAUCGACAUCGCAAGCUGUCGCUGCCUUCAUUCAUGAAACUAUACCUUGUGAAAUUCCAAACCAAAAACCUUCUUAUAAAUUGAAAUGCAAAAUUUGUGAGAAGAUAUUUAAUACUCAUUUACAAUUUAAUAAACAUGCUAAGACGGCACACAAAUUUGAGUUUUUAUGUUCUUUUUGUUCUCAAAUAUUUUCUAAAAAAGGUUUUAAAUGGGUACAUGAAAGACGGGAACAUGGUGUUACUUGUCAAGUUUGUGGAAAAAAAUUACGUAGUGAAAAUGGUUUAAUGAGUCAUUUUAAGGCCAAGCAUGAUCAGAUGAAUAUUAAUUCAGGUCAAACAGAAACUGUCUACACAUCACUUCCACAGCUUCCUGGGACCUCUACUUUUGAUGAACCAAUUUCUGCGCGUUUGAGGAUGACACCUAAUGAUAAUGAAGAAAUGGAUAUGACACUUGAAAAUGAAAUGGAUGAGGAUAGAGAUUCAUUUUUUGACGAUUAUGGUGUAAUAGAUUUUACAAUUUUCCCACAAAUACCUAUUCCAUCACAAACAUCAUCAACAUCACAAACUGUUACUGUACAAGAAGAGUCCCUCAUUCAUGAUAUUAUACCUUACAAUAUUCCAACAAACAAAACACCUCCCUACAAAUUGAAAUGCCGAAUUUGCAAAUUGACGUAUAAAAAUCAUUCGAAUUUUAAUACACAUGCUAAAAAGAAACAUAAUUGUAAAUUUUUAUGUUCUUAUUGUUCUAAAAUAUUUAUUAAUAAAGAACUUGGAAAGGCACAUGAGAAACGAGAUCAUGUUUCUGAAUGUCAAGAUUGUGGGAAACGGUUUGUUUGUGAAGCAAGUUUAAUGAAUCAUUGUAGAGAUAAAAAACAUCAUCAAAAUGAUAAUAAAAUUAAUUCACGUCAAGAAGAGACUUCGUAUGAACCUAUUGCCGCACGUUUGAGAUCGAAAGACUUGGAUAUGGGUAGUGUUUUAUGUUAUGAAAAAGUAAAAUCUAGAAAGUAUGAUAGCAUUAAAGAAGACGAACCUGAAGUUUCGUUUAAAAAAUUUAAAAUGAUAGAUGAUAAUGAAUCAAUUUUUUUAUUGAAAAAGGAGGUUGAUAGAAUGUCAAUUUCGUAGAUAUAAUACUAAUAUUAUCCAUGUAAUUGAUCGCCAUUAAGGCGUAUUCAUUUGCUGAUAAGUGAUAACGUGUUAAAUUUUUUUAUUUCAGCAAGUAGUUUGUUUAUAGUUAAUAAUAGCAAAAGAAAUUAUUACUUUUUUCGGAC